AAAAAAAACUCAGAGAGAUAGAGAGAAGAAACCCUAAGAGUAGCUUACAGCUUACAAACUCCUUCUGCUGAAUCAUGGCCGCCGUCCCUCUAACUCCCCUCCCUCAGUCUCCCGAUCUCGAAGGGUUUUCAAACCCGUUUCUGUUGACUGGGCCGAAAGGGUUUGAGGAGUUCAUUACGUUUCCUGGGAACGAUGAUACUUUCGUGAGGCUUGACCUUCCCGGCGUCCCAGAAGAGUGUGUGAGGGUUGUCCUCAGCAGGUCGAAGAAAGCUGUGAUCGUCUACGGAGAAGCACACAAGGUCCACUCACACGACUCCUCUCCCCGGAGUUACCUCAACAUCAUCAGAACCAUCUGCACUUGCUGUGACUUCUCCAGUUUCACCUACCAAAUGGCCGACGGCGUUAUCAGACUUCUCCUCUCCAAGACUAGCACCGAUCCCUCCUGCAUCCCGGUUCUUGAUGUCUGUUACGGAGAAGGUAAGGUGUACGAGUCGAAGCAGCUCGAAAACGGCAGUCUCUACGUGCGUUUAGACAUGCCUGGCGUUCCUAGAGACAACUUUGCCGUCACUGUCGCUAACGGGAGAGUGAAGGUGACUGGUCAAGCUCCUUCCGUUAGCUACGACUCAGAUGGUCGGUUCUACUCUGCUGGCGUGGCUAUGCUCUCCGCUCCUGUCAACAUUCCUAGCCGUCGGAUCAAAACCAUCGCCAAGAACGGUGUGAUUCGCCUCCUCAUCCCUCCUCUUUGA